UCGCACCUGAGUCGGUGACUGCCUGCCCGAGGCACAGCGCGACUACCGGCUCCUUCGCUGUUUCUGCUGCGCCACGAUGGCUGGGGCUGGCAGGCUCCAUCCCGCUGAGGGGAUUACCAGAUGCUGCUGCUGCUGCCGCCACCCUGUUGUGAUCGGCUGGAGGCGCCUGCCGCUCCUUCUGCUCUGUCUGUGGUUGCUGCUUUGGGCGGGCGCCGCUACCCAGGUUGAGAAUCUCCACGCCUGCAAAGAGUCUGAAUACCAUUAUGAAUACACAGCAUGUAACAGCCUGGGUUCCAGAUGGAGAGUUGCUGUGCCCCACACCCAAGGACUCUGCACUGGCCUGCCAGAUCCCAUCAAAGGCACAGAAUGCUCAUUUUCUUGCAAAGCAGGUGAAUUCUUGGAUAUGAAAGAUCAGUCUUGCAAGUCAUGUGCAGAGGGCACGUAUUCUCUUGGGACUGGUGUCAGGUUCGAUGAAUGGGAUGAGUUGCCCCAUGGAUUUGCCAGCAUAGCAACCAAUUUUGAAAUUGAUUACAACCUCUUGGAGUCCUUGGGAAACUGCACCAAAUCAACAUGGAUUCCUAAAGGAGAUUAUAUUGCCUCCAACACGGAUGAGUGCAUAGCUACUCUGAUGUAUGCUGUUAACCUCAAGCAGUCUGGGACCGUCUCCUUUGACUACAUCUACCCAGACAGCAACAUCGUCUUUGAAUUCUUUGUUCAGAAUGACCAGUGUCAACCAGCUGUGGAGGAUUCUCGAUGGAUGAGAACUACAGAGAAAGGUUGGGAGAAACACAGUGUGGAAUUGAGUCGUGGCAACAAUGUCUUGUACUGGAAAACAACGGCUUUCUCUGUUUGGUCCAAAAACCCCAAGCCUGUGUUGGUGAAAAACAUUGGGAUUACAGGUGUGGCUUAUACUUCUGAAUGCUUUCCUUGUAAAGCAGGCACCUACACUGCCAAAUCUGGUUCCUCCUUCUGUCAGCAAUGCCCAGCAAAUACUUUUUCUUCCAAAAAAGCUACUUCCUGCCAGCAGUGUGAGCCAGCAAAUUACUCAGAACCAGGUUCUUCUUCUUGCAAGACUCGCCCAGCCUGUACAGAUAAGGAUUAUUUUUAUACCCAUACUACCUGUGAUACAAAUGGGGAGACACAGCUAAUGUAUAAAUGGGCUGAGCCUAAGAUCUGCAAUGAAGACCUCCCCAAGGCAGUGAAAUUACCUCCAUCGGGUGUAAAGAUGAUGUGUCCGCCUUGUAAUCCUGGUUUUUUUAAGACAAAUGCCAGCACCUGUGAGCCUUGCCCAUAUGGAAAAUACUCAAAUGGGUCUGGUUGUAUCAAUUGCCCAGUUGGCACCGAGCCCGCAUUAGGCUUUGAAUACAAAUGGUGGAACACGCUGCCAGCUAAUAUGGAGACUACAGUCCUUAGUGGAAUCAGUUUUGAAUAUAAGAGAAUGGCAGGGUGGGAAGUGGCUGGUGACUACAUCUACACAGCUGCAGGGGCUUCUGACAAUGAUUUCAUGAUUUUAACAUUGGUAAUUCCUGGCUUCAGUCCACCACAAUCAGUUAUGGAAGACUCUGAAAAUAAGAAGGUAGCAGAAAUCACUUUUGUCUUUGAAACCAUCUGCAGUGUGAAUUGUGAACUUUAUUUUAUGGUGGGUAUGAAUUCUAGGACCAAUUCCCCUGUAGAAACCUGGUUUGGCGCCAAGGGAAAGCAAUCCUAUACGUAUGUCAUUGAGAAGAAUGCUACCACGAGUUUCACGUGGGCCUUCCAGAGGACAGCAUUCAACGAAGCGGGAAGAAAAUACACAAAUGAUGUUGCCAGAUUGUACUCCAUCAAUGUGACCAAUGUCAUAGACGGCGUAGCUUCUUAUUGCCGGCAGUGCGCUUUGGAAACCUCUGGCUCAUCCUGUACUUCCUGCCCUCAUGGGCACUACAUUGACAAAACAUCCGGUGCUUGUUCUCCAUGUCCAUCAAACACUUACCUGAAAGCUCACCAACCUUAUGGCAAGCAAGCUUGCAUCCCUUGUGGCCCUGGCACAAAAAAUAAUAAGAUUCAUUCUCUAUGUUACAACGAUUGUCACUUCUCAGUCAGCAUGAAGGAUAGGACUCGGGAGUAUGACUUCUCCAGACUGGCUUACAGCACCUCCUUUUUAGGAGGGCCAAGUUUUACUUCAAAAGGCCUGAAGUACUUUCACCACUUCAACAUCAGUUUAUGCGGAAAUUAUGGAAAAAAGACUGCUCUCUGCAUAGAUAACGUCACAGAUAGUCAUCUUUUGGACAAAGACACUGAGUUCUCCAAGUCAAUUUCAUCCUAUGUAUGCCAGUCCGUCAUGAUUCCUUCUGAAGUGAUGGGUUACAAAACCAUGGUCUCUUCUCAGCCUGUGAGCCUGGCGGAUACUUUUGUGGGAGUAACAACAAAACCUACUCUGGACAACAUAACUUCUCAUGCUGAUUAUUUCCCUGGUGGAAAUGGGGACUUACCUGAUGUCAUAUUCUUUUAUAGAUCCAAGGAUGUGACCCAGACAUGCCGUGAUGGAAGAGUAACUACCAUUAGGCUAAGAUGUGACCCCCUAAAAUUUGAGUUUGCUCUCUCUUUACCAAGCAAGUGUCCUGAUGGAACCUGUGAUGGAUGCACUUUCCAUUUCCUGUGGGAGUCAGUUGAAGCCUGUCCUCUCUGUUCUGCAGAAGAUUACCAUGCCAUUAUCAGUGCCUGCAUUGGAGGGAUACAGCGAACCACCUAUGUAUGGCGGAAGCCAAAGCUAUGCGCCGGAGGCAUCCAGCUUCCAGAAGAAAAAGUCAGCAUCUGCAAGUCCAUGGACUUCUGGCUUAAGGUGGGCAUCUCUGCUGGGACUUGUGCUGCCAUCCUGCUGACCGUCAUGACUUGCUACUUCUGGAAGAAAAAUCAAAAGUUAGAGUAUAAAUACUCUAAGCUGGUUAUGAAUGCGAGUUCUAAGGACAGUGAACUACCUGCAGCUGACAGUUGUGCCAUCAUGGAGGGAGAAGAUGUAGAGGACGACCUGUUAUUCACAAGCAAAAAUUCUUUUUUUGGAAAAAUAAAGGCAUUCACUUCUAAAAGAACAUCUGAUGGUUUUGAUUCUGUGCCCUUGAAGACCUCCUCUGGCACCACCGACAUGGAUCUUUAGAAGUGGUUUGCCUCUCCCUGACCUUUCCUGGAGGAGUUCUUGAUUAAUACUGGCACUUUGAUGAACUUGCCAUGUGGCCUUAUUGGAAUAUCUUUUAACUUCAGCUUCUUACUGUACUUUUUUAAGUCAAACAUUCCUCCAAAAACAAACUGUGCCAAAUAUAAUUGUGCUUUUAAAAUUAUGUGUAGAUGUAUAUUUGUAUGUUUAUUGCAUACAAUGUGCCCACUUUUGUGAUAAAGAAAAACAUCCCACAAAAAGUUGUUCUCCGCAGUAAAGCUAGUGACAUUAUAUACAUUUUCUCUUUAGACACUGUAAAAUUGUAAGACACUGUAAAAUUGAUUUAAAGUCAUGUCACUCUGCUAAGACAAGCUGCUUCUCUGAGUCACACAAAUUGCACCAAAAGGUCUUAGUGUUAAGAAGAAUGUGUAGAAUUGUGCUGUAAAACUUUCCAUCUGCUUUUUGUAGUUUGCUACAAACGUCCCCCCCAAGGAAGCUACUAUAACAACAGUUACAUCAAACAAUUUCCCUCUCUAAAUAUUUUACUGUACUGUUGAGGAUUCCUCAACAAAGCAGGCCUGCCUUUCCCUGUCAGGAUACCUGGCUAUUCUGAAGAUGUCUCUAAUUUCAGUUCUUUUAUUUUAAAAGAACAAAGAAAAAUAUCUGCAUUUGAAAAGACUGUUAUUUGCUUUGCUAAUGACCCUUCAGGAAAAUGCAUUGUGGUCAAGGACUUGUGCUGAUGGUGCACCUAUCAUGACAGUAGCAUAUGUGAAGCUCCAUGGCCUAAGGCCUUUUCUGCCACGUCAUGCAACUCAAUCAGAUUAGGAUUCCAGAUCUCAUUCCUAAACUCUGGGAGUUGUAAAUAUUACAACAAUGACUGCAAUGAUAAAGAAAAACCUCUAAACAUAGCAAACCAAAAUCAGGGUAUUAUAUAUUGGAAAAAUUCUGCAUCGCAUCCAAGGUUAGUGGAACAGCUUUAGAAACACGUUUCCAACUCUGAAUUCAGAUGUCCAUUUUAAACUUAUUCUCACUGUUUGUAGGAAACUAUUGAGUCUGUUUAAUAUUUCAGGCAAUUUUCCUGCCCUAACUCCACCCAGAAAAGCUUAUCCAUUAGGACAGGUUCCUGUCACAUAAGACUCUUCUGAUUUUCUUGCUGUUUUCAGUGCCUUCUAAAUUGUAAAGAGCUUCUCCAAUCUAGCACACUUCAAAGAUAUUGGCUGGCUGGGAAUAAUGGGGUUGUAGCUAGAAGUCAUCAGAUCAUAGAAGCUGCCUUAAACUAAGUACUACAUGAAUUGUUUUGAAUGAAUACUUAAGGCCACAAAGGACAAUGCAGGAGACCUGAAAACAAGACCUGCUGACAUGAGCUUCAACUGUAUGUUAAAUGACUUAUGAGUGUUAACACAGUGAAAAUGGCCCAAAAUAACAUGAAUAUUUUAAAUUCAGAUGUUCUGAUUUUACCUUGAUAUUAUUCUCUUUCAGAAUUUUUCAGAGCGACUAGCUAGAGAUUAUGUCCUCCAUUACACUUGGAAAAGACUAACAAUUUGGGCUUUGGUAUUCAGGCACCAUCUAAUAACUGGCAAUUACCAAGUUAAAAUUGACUGAUUUUGUUGCUUUGUUUGUUUUGGCAGGUUAGAAUAACCUUCAGGGUUCUGUUUGCAGUUAAACAGAGGACUAUACAAAAACCAAAUCCAUUUUUUGACAGUAUACUUCUCUACCUCAGAAAUAAUUCCCACUGAAUUCAGUAGGGCUUUCCUCCAAGUAAAAGAUCUCCCUUAAAUCCCUCUGAAUGUCCAAAUACUCUGUAAAAGUAAAAAGAAAUGUAGAACUUUUUCAAGUAUGUACUUAAAGUACCCCCUAGUAUAGAUUGCUAUCCAUAUUGCACUUGAAACAUAUCUUGAAAGUAGUAAAUCCAUUCUUAUAUAAAGGAGCGCUUGAAAAAAUGAUAACUAGCCAUUACAUGAUUUUAACACUCCAUUUUUUGUUUAAAAAAUGUUUAAUCAAGCCUUCCCAAUCAAAUGUUUUUAGAUGUAUUGGAACCCAGCCUGUAUAACAGGAUGCUGCUGCUGACAGUAAUGGGAAUUGUAUUCCACCACAUUUGAAGGAUACAAUUUCGUGGAAACUUGGUUUAAGCCAUUUUUGCCAAAUCAGUUAACAGGACUAUUAUAGUGUUUGAAAUGGAUUAUAUUUAUUGGGAUACAGCUAUACUAGUUCAAGAGAGAUAACCAAUAUUGCUUUAAAAUGAGACAAGCUAAAAUUGAAAAAUACUAUAAUCCUAAAGAUCAGCAUAUUUUGCGGUUAAAAAGCCUAAUAGCUGUUGCUAUGACAGUAAUUGAAAAAAAAUGAGACUGUGACAGCCUCUUAAAAAUGAUAGAGAUGAGAAAGCAGAAAUUGCUCUGAGAGUAUAGUUAGCAAUUGUGCUUUCUUACCCAGUAGGAAACUGUGCAAUCAGAUCUGAAUGAAUCAGUUGUUGCUAGUUGCAAUAAUUCAAGAUAUUCUAUACAAUUCACAAUAUGUGAAGUUAAAUGUAGCUUCUAUUAUGGCUUGCCAGUUAUUUGGCAAUGUCUGUAGUGAUAGCCAUGUUUUGGAACACUCAAGAGGCACAUAUGGUAGGGCAAAUUCAUUUUAUGGGGUAGUUAUAAACCUUGCAUACCAGAGUGAUUGUCGGCAUAAUAACAUUGACUAGAACAUGUGUUGUAAUGGAAGGCUCCCAUAGUACCUGGACUGGUUUUCCCCAAUUGGACUUUAGUUAUUUAAACAAUAGAUAAAAGCAAGUCUUGUCUAGGAUUACCAAAUCAAUUUGGCAUCAAGUUCCUGAUUUUUUCUAUCUAUGUCAGAGGAUGUUCCAACUUAUUUAUUUUGCUGAAAAAUGUACAUAGGAAGGAAGGCUGGUGAGGGAGGGGGGGCUAAUAUUGGAAGGAUGAGAAAUUGGGACUUUAGGGGAUACUAAAGAAAAAUUACCCUUUGGUAUUGCCAUUUGCAGAAAUUAAACUGCUACUCUAGCACUGUAUAACAUUAAAGUAUUCUGGAAAGGACAAGAUAUAUAUUAUACACACACACACAUACACACACAUGGCAUUAUGGGACAAAUUUAUCAGUGAUCAUGAGGGUAACUUAGGAAAGUUUCUUGCUGCUCAGGGUCAGGAAGAUAUAUUUUUUAGUUUCAAAUGAAGCUCACAGGCAUAAAGAAAGGUAGGGCUGGUAUUAGGUUAGAUAGAAUACAGUAUAGUUUGCAAUUUAAAAAGAUAUCUAACUGGGCCUAUAUGCCCCAAUGAAACUUCUCCUAUUCAACUUGGAAAGGCCUAUAGUUUCAACCUCUGUUUCUUUUUUUUAAAAAAGGAGACCACUUAAAUUCAAACCAUAUUCAAAACAGCAAAACCAUCACUUGUAUUAAAAUGUACAGUAACAGAAUGGCGCAGUGUUCCUAAUUAUUCAAAAGAGAUGCUCUGAAGUAAAAGGGAAAGUAGACAGAGCAUUAGUGUAGGACUCCUUAAAGCAGGGUUUCUUACAUUGUGUGGCUGCAGGAGAAACUUUUGGGUAACUGCUUUAAUGAAUCAGAGAGAGAGGUGGAUCUGGAUACCUGCACAUUUCAGAGCAUCACUUCUAAAUAAUUUAACGUUCAUAUUAUCAACAUCAUCAAAACAUAUUUCAGUAACUUAACUGUAGAGGAUCAAGAGGGGAAAGAGGCUACACCACUAAUAAUGGGGACAGGGCUGCAAAGCUAUUCUCAAAAUGUAUGUAUUUAUUACAUUUCUAAAUGAUGUGUCAUUUUCUUCUCUGUUUUGAAAAUUAGAUGUGUUGUGAAAGUAAUCUUUUAAAAACACACGCAACACACCAAAUACUAACUUUGUAGGAAUCUUAGUGAUAGCAGCAGUCUAAACAAAAUAGCAUACUUGAAGCUUUCCUUUGGAUUUGUGUAUGCAACUUAACAUAAUUGAUCACAUUUAGUAACAGUAUGUUGCUAAAUAUGUGUUUUGUGUAUGCAACUUAACAUAAUUGAUCACAUUCAGUAAUAGCAUGUUGCUAAAUAUGUGUUUUAACACAAGGAGGGGAAAAACACUUUGUCCAUUUAAUGGUAGAAGUAGCCAUUAAAAAUAUAUGAAUGGCUCAUAUAUAAUAAAAUACCAAAUCAGAAUUUGUAAACAUUAAUUGUGGUUUGUUGAACAAGCCAUAAUUGUCUGGUGUAUAUUAAUUGCAAAGCCAUACUGGAUGCAACCACACAUCAUAAGAAAAAAAAUCACAUUAUGGCUUUUCUACUAUGUGUAAAACAAGCCAUUGAAUUAUCUCAUAGUAGAGCUGUGAGCAAUAGGAAUAUUCUUUUUCAGAAGUAUGGAAAUGGACCUUGAACAGCAGCCAUACUUCUUAAGAUUCAGAAAUGCCCUUUUCUUAGAUUUUUCUAAUAUUUUCUCAAAAGAUAUUAAUGCUGUCCACUGGUUAAUUAUAUUUAUUCUUACUUAAUGUUACGUAAUGUAGAGGCUGGGGAACACUACUGUAUAGCAUCUAGAUUUUCUGAUAUAUCAUCUAUAAGAAUGUGGCCCAACUGUAAUUCAUGUUUGUAAAUUUCAUUCAUGUAAGACAAGAAAAAUACUUUUGUCUAUUUAAUAGCGUAACAGCAUUACUGUUUUGUACUGUUGUGAUUUAUUAUGCUGAGGGAUUUUUGCUUCCACAACAUUUUUGUACAUGUUUGGGGUUUUUGAAAGAAAGUGUAAUCUUUUUAAUAUAUGAUUAAUAAUAUGUCAGAUAUUUUAUUAUUCCAGUAGUAAUCUUUAAGGACUUUUCAGAGCAUGGAGGAAUCAUAAAAAUGCUAUUCAGGGACUACAAUAUGAUACAUUUCUUAAAAAUAUGACAAUGAAUUUUUGCAAUGCUGUAUAAAACUGAUUUAAUUAUACUUAUAAACCUGUGGGGAACUUUUCUGCCUUGUGA